CUUUGGUCAAACACGGUGCCUGCGGCGUCUUUCCUUCGAAAGUUUUAAUUAAUUCACAAAACUAGUUUAUCAAAACCUUAUUGUAAUUUCAAAGUUUGCCUUCAAGCGCAGAAUAUUUUAAAGUAUAUCCGAAAUGUUUGAGCAACCAGCAUCUUAUGAUAUCGACGAUGAGAUCGAUAUGUGGGGAUAUCCUAUUUCGAUAUAUGGUUAUGAAAAAUCGUUACUAUCUGAGGAUUCGAAUAAUUCCAUGAGUGAAAUAAUAGUUGCCGGCAGAGGUCGUGGUAUGUGCAACAAUGAUAUGGACACAAUUCGUAUGGCUUCGGAAAUAAACAAGCUGAAGACGAGCAAUGUACCAAUUGGUCACCUUAGAACGACAACUGAAUGUUUAGAUAGUCAACCGGAAAAUGAAAUUACACCAUUGCUCCGAAAACUUGGUAUCUCGGGGCAUGAUGGAACGUUAAGCAGUAAAACAAUGUAUCGGAUUCCUGACAAUUUCCAAGAUCUAUAUCUGGACAGAAACGUCCCACUUAUUCUGAACGAAGAACUGUUCCGUAACCAAAGAGAUUCACAUCCCGAUGAUCUAGCCCUCGAACCAUACGACCCCUACGAUCCUAGCCGACCGUUACACGAACAGUUCACCACUAUAAAAGAAUUUGCUCCCAAAACAGCAGAGAUACCAAAAUCAGUAAGUUCCGUUGAUUCGUUUGAUUUGUCGACAAAUUCUGCUCCGGCUAAUGAUAGCGAUCCGACAAGUGAUGCCGUCAGCACGGAUUCGAGCGUGGACAUGUCUUGGGCCAACGAUACUAUUCAGCAGAGCAGAUCCUUGCUUCCACGAAAAUGCUCAAUUUCGUUCACUCCACGCCAGUUGUACGAGUUAAAGAAAUUGUACGCUUACAAGUUUCAUCCUAAAGAUCUUACAGUGUCUGAUUCAAACUAAACCGCUUUUGAAGAUGGUAAAAUUAAACUCAAGAGUUUAUUGCAACCAUUUCGAAUAGUUAAAUUAUAUAUUGAACGGACUAAAUCUAGACGUAUGUAUAGUUUUGUUGAAUUAAAAAUUCCAGCAUAAAACAGAAGCGAUAUUUCUAGAAUCGAAUUACAAUUCGAACUCAGGUAAUGUCAUGUAAUUUUCGUUCAUGGUUAUUUAAGGAUGUACAUGUACUAAGCAAAAUUUGUUAAAUUUUCUAGAAUUUAAAUGUUUGCCAUGCAGUCACGGACUUCAUCAAAUGAUAAACCAACUAUAAUGGAAAAUAGCAAUAGACGA